AUGACUUCUUCAAAUGUCAACAUCCUGUUGUCGUCUUUUCCUGGACUGUCGCUUCCACCAACCGUCUCAUUUUCACUUCCUUCCACUUCCAGCAUCUUUGACCUAACCGAAAAAGUCGCAUCUUACCUCCCAUCUUCACUCUCGGUGAAAUCUCUCAUCCUUACAACAACCGAUAACAAACAAGUUCUGCCGUCAUCCGAUUCACUUCAGUCACUUCUGGUCGCCCGAAAUGGUGACUCCGGUUCGACUCUACUGCCUCUCCGUCUCUCUGUUCCCCUAUGCGGUGGAAAGGGUGGAUUUGGAUCUCAACUUCGUGCCGCCGGUGGACGCAUGUCCUCAAAACACAAGCGCAACCAGGGUGACCAGAAUAGUUCCAGUCGCAACCUUGACGGCCGACGCCUGCGAACUGUCAACGAGGCGAAAGCCCUUGCAGAGUACCUUGUCGUCAAGCCAGAAAUGGAACAAAAGGAGAAGGAAGAACGACGUAAACGAUGGCAAUCCGUAGUGGAAGUGGCAGAGCGGCGCCAGGACGAGCUUAAAAGAGGCGGAAAAGAAAGAAUUGACGGCCAGUGGAUGAAUGAUAAGGAAGAAAUGACCGAAAAAGCCCGAGAAGCUGUCCUUUUGGCCAUGAAGGAGGGUGACUGGACCGACAACCUUCGCGACGCAAUUAUGGGAGGUUCCAGCACCAGUGCUAGUGACGGCAGCGAGGAGGCUUCUUCGUCGAAUUCGGACUCUGAUGAGGGGAAUAAGACCAUAAGUACCCCGAACACGGCUGGACCUUCUGCUCCGGUAUCAAAACCUGCCCCUCGACGCUUCAUUGGAUUCGAUGAUGAUGACGAAUUCAUGAGCGACUCCGGCGAAGAGGAAGCAGAUGAAUCGGAUGUCAGGAACAAGGGAAAAGCACGCGCAUGA